AUGGAGGAGUCCCAAAUAAGUGCUGAAAGUACUGAUGCUAAUGAGCUCCUCAAAGAGGACAUCAAUUUCAACUCUGUUGAGGAAAAUGUAACAUAUAAGAAAAUACAAGCCUGUGAAUCUGUUCAGAAAAGUAGUUCAUUGAAUGUGCCUGAAGAACUAUCAAGGGACAGGCCUGAGAAAGCCUUAAGCAAAAUCCAGGGUGCUCUACUAAUCCACGAAGGUGCUACUACUGUCUCUAGUGAAAAUCCUGUUUUGCCUAAAGAAAAUAUUAAUGGACCAGUUUCAUACUCCUCAAAUAAAACUUCCAUCCUGAAUACAGACAGUAUUUCCUUAUCCACAGACCACCCUGUGGGUCUGCAAACAAAUUUGUGUUCAUCUUCGAAGGUAGUUUAUGAUCUUCAUCCACCUACAAAGAACUCUGUACAAAUGUCAAGUCAGCAAGUUUUAUUCUUGAUACCUGAUGUAGCACAUGCCAAGAAAGAAACCCAUUCCAACCUUAAACAUCCUACCUCCUCUUCAGUUGGUUGUGAAAUAUCUAAUGGGAGUAAUGCCAGAUUGGAUAGCACUUUAGUAGGGCCAAUAGAUGAGUGCAAUGAUAGGAAAAAGUUACCUGCGAAUGAGAUACAAAAUCAGAUGGAAGGUUGCUCUAUUGCUAUUGAUUCUGUAGGAGCAAACAAUGCUAACUUCAGUACCGAGAGGGACUCUGUAAAUAAUGAUAAAAUGGAGGAAUUAGAAAAGAACUGUGUUGUAAGGGUACAAAAAAAAAGCGUAAACGAAAAAUGGAUGGCAGUAAGAUAACUCGUUGCUAUUCCGAAGAUGCUUAUAAUGAUGUCAAUAUUUCCAAGAAAUCAAAGCUAUUAAAUGUAGAUAUGAUGGAACAGAGUGAUGAAGAGCAAGUGGUAGCUCCACAUAAGUAUGCGUUAAUGAAGAUAAAGUCUGAAUCUUCUCUUGAUGACACGGAAGAACAUCUUCCAAAAGAGGCUAUAGAGGCAUUCAAUCAUUAUAUUUAUAACCCUGUUUGUGAUUAUUCUGGAGAAACCUCACCUGUUCAUGUUGACCCAUUCUUUUCCAGUGAUGUACAAAGUUGUGGGUCACAGUCACCACCGACAUGCACUAGUGAUCAAGAGCCAUCGUUUUACCCCUGCACAAAGUGCAAUGUGAAUUUUAGGGAGAAGAAACACCUUCACAGGCACAUGAUGUAUCACCUGGAUGGGAAUAAUCACUUUCGACACCUUAAUGUUCCAAGGCCAUAUGCUUGUAAAGAGUGUGGGCGAACUUUUAGAGACCGAAAUUCACUUCUUAAACAUAUGAUUAUUCACCAGGAACGACGACAGAAACUGAUGGAGGAAAUCCGUGAACUCAAAGAGCUCCAGGAUGAAGGUAGAAGUGCCCGUCUGCAGUGCCCACAAUGUGUGUUUGGAACCAACUGCCCAAAGACGUUUGUUCAGCAUGCCAAAACCCAUGAAAAAGACAAGCGAUAUUACUGCUGCGAAGAGUGCAACUUCAUGGCUGUUACUGAAAAUGAAUUGGAGUGUCAUAGAGGUAUUGCUCAUGGGGCUGUUGUAAAAUGUUCCGUUUUAACUUCUGAUCUACCCCAAAGGAAAUAUCAGAAAAAGACAUUGAAAAAUUCAUAUUUCCUUUCAUCUAAAAAGCCUACAACAUUUAUCUGUAAGAUGUGUUCAUUUACUGCACCAACCCGCUAUAUUUUAAAAAAGCACAUUGAAUAUGUACAUCCGUCAUCUACUUUAGACCAGUUUAAUGGUCCCCUUGUAAUUAAACAAGAACGUUUUUCAGAUAAUGAACUUGAAUCUGAGAGUAAAGAGUUUGCGAAACAGCCCCCUUUUCCAAAGAAUUCUGUCUUAAAGCAAGAUAUGAAGAGACCGUAUGGAUCCCUUGGUCAAAGUAACAGUUUUACAAAGUUGUACAGAAAACACAAGAUACAAAAAGCUCGAAAAAGUGCUGCUCAAUCUGUUGUCAGUGGUCCUUCAAUUUCCCCAAAUAAAUCUCUGCUUUUCACUAGCAAUGACCAAAAACAUAGGUACUUUAAAAUGAAACAAAAGCAUGCAAGGAUAAAUCAUGCCUACAUCUAUAAUCAGAAGUGGGAUGGCUACAAAACGUUGAAAAAAUCACACAUUUAUCCACUGAAUUUAAAAAAGGAAGAAGGUAAUUCUUCACAUCAGCUUUCCAGUUCACCUGAUCCUGAUCUUCAGGAAGAAUGCUUGAUUAUGGAUCCUCAUAACCGUCACCCAGGUAGACUAGUUGGUUUCAAAGACAGGGUAGCAGUCAAAAGGGUGCGGAGAGCAGACCUGGAAAGACCAGUGACAGAAGAAGAUAUGGAUAGCUAUCCAGAUUUCCUUCAAAAAGUGACUUAUGUUGUACUAAAAAAACUUGACCCCUCUGAUAAAAAAGACGAUUAUGAUUCAUGGGACAAUAGUGAGAUUUGCAAUUAUAACACAGAAUCUCCAGAUGAUGCAUACAACAGUCCAGCAAAAAAAGCAGUUUACCCAAUUUUUAAAGACAAAACUAAAGAUCUUCAGCUCAAUGAAGACCAGGGCUUGCAUUACAAUAGUAAUGAUGGCUUUUACUUUGAGUAUUAUGAAGAUGGUGAGGGAGAUGGUUACAUGCAUGAAAUGUCUGAUGUUGAUUUGGAAAAUGCAGAAUCUGCAUUGCCAGGCCACAGUAUAUUCCACUGGAGUGAUUUAGCUCUUGAAAAGAAGUCUUGUCCAUACUGUCCUGCAACCUUUGAAACAGGUGUUGGGUUAUCUAAUCAUGUUCGUGGACAUUUGCACAGAGCGGGACUAACCUACGAAGCUCGCCACGUGGUGUCUCCAGAGCAAAUUGCAUCAAGUGAUAAAAUGCAGCACUUCAGGAGGACAGGAACGCCAACAAAGCGUGUAAGGAAAGUAAUAGAGAAAAUCAGAGAGCCCUUCUGAGCACACAUGUGCUCUGUGUGGAGGCUGGUUUGAUACAAAAAUUGGAUUAUCAAACCAUGUUCGAGGUCACCUGAAAAGACUUGGGAAAAAUAAAUGGGAUGCACACAAAUCGCCCAUCUGUGUUCUGAAUGAAAUGCUGCAAAAUGAAGAAAAGUAUGAACAACUUCUAAAGAUCCUUAACAACAGGCGCCCAUUUCAAAGACCAGCUCACAGACCCUUCUCAGCACACAGGUCUUCCCGAAAUGACUUUUCAAAGACCAGUGUUGCACCUACCGAAGAACACUGCAAUGGCUUAAAAAACGGACACUGCAUCUGAGCAAAUAUUACAGGAAGGGCUGUGCCCAAGUGAAUGUGAUGGAACAAGUCUACUUGGGGACAAGGAUCAACUUGCUUUUUUACCUGAAUUUCUUAAAGUAAAAAAAUCAGGCGAAGAUAAAAACUCAGAAUCUUUUCAAAGGGUCAAUCAAACUGCAAGAAAGAGGUUGACGCAGAAAUGCCUUCAUCCUUUAAACGAAGAUUGUUCGCUGAUGUGCAAUUCACAUAAAAACAUUGAUUUCGUCUUGCAGUCGGGUAUGUCGGCAAAGCUUAAGACUUGCGUGAACUGUAAUACAACCUUUACAAGUGCAGUUAGCCUGUCAAACCAUAUGCGUGCAUAUUCCCGAAAGAAGAGUGCUGGUCUUUUGACUGGGACAGUUUUGGACUGCAAGCAAAAGAAGUCAAGAUCACGAUCUGGAAGCAAGAAGAAAGUGUUACCUUUACCACACAGUGCAGAUGAAGUUUAUGUUCUGAGAUGCAGGUUCUGUGGACUAGUCUUUCGUGGACCUCUGUCUGUACAAGAAGAUUGGAUAAAACAUUUACAACGUCACAUUGUCAAUGCAAACCUUCCACGGACUGGAGCUGGAAUGGUUGAAGUGGAACCGCUACUAAAGAAAUCCCCUUCCAUCACUGAAGCAAAUGUCCCUUUAUUAAUGGCUGAAGCUGCAACAUAA